AUGUCGGACGUUGAAUAUGCAAAGGAAAGAAUUUUAUUGGACCGUCGUAUGAAAUGUGAACAGAAGUUAAAUAGUAGCACAAUAGAAAUUGAGGGUUUAUAUUGUCCCGGUGUAUUUGAUAAUUGGAAUUGCUGGCCGGAUACACCAGCGAAUACUACAGCUGAAACACAAUGUCCAUAUUUUGUGGACGGAUUCGAUGAAAAACGAAUAGCAUAUAGAUACUGUGAUCCUUUUGGUGAAUGGUUUCGACAUCCCAGUAGUAAUAGAACGUGGUCUAAUUAUUCAACGUGUAUAGAUCAAGAAAAUUUUAAGUGGCACAAGUUCAUCAUAUCAUUACAUGAAAUCGGAUAUUCAAUAUCACUAGUCGCUUUAAUAUUAUCAUUAGCUCUACUGUUCUACUUUAAGACGCUACGAUGUGCUCGAAUUACGAUACAUAUGAAUCUAUUUGCGUCGUUCGCCAUGAACAAUACUUUAUGGCUGUUAUGGUAUAGAUUCGUUGUUAGAGAGCCACAUGUUUUAGAAGCCAAUAAGAUGUGGUGUCAAAUAUUACAUGUGGUGCUCCAUUAUUUUUUAUUAACAAAUUAUACAUGGAUGUUAUGUGAAGGAUUUUAUUUGCAUACGGUACUGAUAUCAGCAUUUGUAUCAGAAGGUCGUUUAUUAAAAUGGUUGAUAGCAUUAGGUUGGGGUAUGCCAUUCGUUGCAAUCGUUGUAUAUACAAUUGCACGAGGAAGAGAUUAUAAUGGGAGUCAGCAGUGUUGGAUAAAUGAUAGUCCAUUUCUAACAAUACUAAUUGUUCCCGGUGGUAUUUCAAUGUUCCUGAAUGUGGUGUUCUUAUGUAAUAUUGUUCGAGUACUAUUAAUUAAAUUACGUGGUGGUCCACAUGUUCAAGGUGCUUGUGGUCCAUCAAGAACUGCACUACAAGCAUUUCGAGCAACAUUACUAUUGGUGCCAUUGCUUGGCUUACAUUACUUUUUAACACCGUUCAAUCCACCGCCAAAACAUCCUUGGGCAAAAACAUAUGAAGUUACUUCAGCAAUAUCAGCUUCAUUUCAGGGCCUCUGUGUUGCGACAUUAUUUUGUUUCUGUAAUGGAGAGGUUAUGGCUCAAAUCCGUAGGAGAUGGCGUAAUGUAAUGUUUCGUCCUCGUGCAAACUCAUGUACAGCGACAACGGUUUCGGUACGUAAGAGAAAAUUAACUUCUCGUUCAGAUAGAAGUCUGUUCAGUAGUUUUAAACGAGAAUCAAGUGAAAAUGAGAAACGAAGUGUCAUAAGUGAUAUUGUAUAAACUUACGUGCGGUCAACCGCAGCUCC